UUGUAGUUGUCAGACUGAUAAAGAGAAGGCGACAACUGACUAGAUUUGAAUUAGUCUUUAGGGGGGAAGGGAGGAGCAUAAUCCUCAGUGUCACGCAGGUUUAAUUUCCUCGGGUCCAUCUCUGUCGGGAAGAAUCAGAGCAGACUAGACGCAGACCCGAGCAGAGCAGUUUGACGUCACGCUGACGCAGGCGCGGCCCUGCCCGACAGGCUUUGGCGGGAUUUCUGAAAGUCGCUGUUUGCUGCGGCCUGCGGUGAGACGCCCGCGCCUGAGUACAGCUGCGGUGCUCACCGCGAGCGUGUGACGGAGCUGAAGCUCGCCCUGGUUGAGAGCAGAAAACAGCGAGAGUCGUCAAGCCGCCGGAGUCGGGUAGGCCAGCGGAGCAGCGCGGCAUUUCAGUAAUGGCCAUGCAGAUGCAGCUUGAAGCAAGUGCAGAAACUUCAGUGGAAGAAGAGAGCUUUGGCCCGCAGCCUAUUUCACGGUUGGAGCAAUGUGGCAUAAAUGCUAAUGAUGUGAAGAAAUUAGAAGAAGCUGGAUACCAUACUGUGGAGGCUGUUGCCUAUGCACCAAAGAAGGAGUUAAUAAAUAUAAAGGGAAUUAGUGAAGCCAAAGCUGAUAAAAUUCUGGCUGAGGCAGCUAAAUUAGUUCCAAUGGGUUUUACCACUGCAACUGAAUUCCAUCAAAGGCGAUCAGAGAUCAUACAGAUUACCACUGGAUCCAAAGAGCUUGACAAACUACUUCAAGGUGGAAUUGAGACUGGAUCUAUCACAGAGAUGUUUGGAGAAUUCCGAACUGGGAAGACCCAAAUCUGUCAUACACUGGCAGUUACAUGCCAGCUUCCAAUUGACCGAGGUGGAGGUGAAGGAAAGGCCAUGUACAUUGAUACUGAAGGUACCUUCAGGCCAGAACGGCUUCUAGCAGUGGCUGAGAGGUAUGGCCUCUCUGGCAGUGAUGUUUUGGACAAUGUUGCAUAUGCUCGUGGGUUCAACACAGACCACCAGACCCAGCUCCUUUAUCAAGCAUCAGCCAUGAUGGUUGAGUCGAGGUAUGUACAAUAGAAGGCACUGACAUGCCUUUCUUUGAAUAACUCAGUCUUUUUCCUCAGUAGCUUAGGAACAGUUAAA